CCUAGUUAAAUAAAGGUUAAAUAAAAUAAAUAAAUAACCCGGUUGUAUACUGUUAAUAAAAAUAUGUGUUUCAUUUUGCUACACAUGGAUGGAGAGAGAGCGAGAUAUGAAGGACAGAGGUUUGAGUCCCCCUGCUGGACAUCAGAUACUGUCAUGUUUUCCAGCUGCUUGUCAACAGUUAAAAGAAGGACAACUGCAUAAUGAAGAGUUGAAUUAACUCAAGGUUGAGUUAACAGGUUUAGUUAACAGGCUAACUCAAGACAAUGAAAAAGUGAAAAGUGAUAAUGAAAUAAUCAUAACAAUGAUUAAAAAAAACACAAGGAUACUAGAAAUGGCUUAGGGUGUUAUUCUUGUUCCAAUAGUGCUGUAUGGUAUUUUAUAUUAAUAAAGCUUUAUAUAAUAAGUAACAGCACAUUAUGUAGUUAUUUAUAUAUGGUCUGUGCUAUCUGGGAUCUUUGGAACAUCCCUAUCCCAUUGAAGUUGACAUUUUAUAUGGUAAAGUUUAGGGUAAAGGUAAGGUUCUGGUAAGGGCUAUGAUUAAGGUUAAGGUAGGGAUUAAAGUUAGGGUUAGAGUUUAGGGUAUGGAUGUCCCAAGGACCCCGGAUAGCACUGACUAUUUAUAUAUGGUGUGGGAUAAUGUCUGUAUGGAAAGGAUAAUAAAAUGCCUACUUGUACAAUAACAAUGUUGCUUAUGGCAUUGUCAUUCAGUUGAAACGUUUUUCUUUACUGUCUUUUGCUUUUAUGUAAAAAACUAAUAUUUACAGUACUGUACAACACCAUAGGCCUAAUUAUAUGUGUAUAUCAAGGUGAUGCCAGAAAUAAAUAAAAAACAUACCGGUUGCCAAAUUGAAGCAAUCUAAAUUAUCUCAAGAUCUGAAGAGUGGGGACCAACCCUCAAAUACAUUUUGGUACAUAUGGAGCUGCUGAAAAUGAUAACAUACCGUUACAUUUCAUGGCUGUUAUUAUAUCCAUCUAUGGGCUUUCCUGAGAUAAUUUGUCUGGUAUAACUUUUCUCUUGUUUCCUUUAUUUCAAGAACAUCCGUUUCUUUAUGUCCAAGUUGUGCCUCCUUUGGAAAGGUUUGAAUUGUUGCAAUAACGUCAGACGGAAGCAAAAUUCCUUUUUUGGUGAUAUCCUGUCAAGAGUUAUUUUAAAUGGCUCGUCAGACAAUUGAAAAGUGUAGCCUAUUUUGAGGCCACACAAACUCGAGAGCUGCAUCGUGAUGAGAGCCCCCGCAGUCUCCACUUGACCGGUGCGGUUCGAGACUAUAAAUUGGCUCGCAGUGGCCAUGGGGAGGACAUGAACACCUGUAUCUGCAAGUAGAUUGUAGUUGGGGAAAUUUGACUAAUCUCGUCAGAGAAGCUUUUCGAAAGCAAGAAGAAAGUCUAAUGUUUCAGGAGGACCAGGGACGGAGAGCAGAAAUGGAGAGCCCCAUAAGUGAAGACAGGCAAGUCAUAUUAUCUAUGAAUUUAUGUUGUUUUAAUUUUUCUACAAGUUGACAAAUUAAAAGGUAUGUCUGGUCAAUGAACGGCUAAAAUUGAAUGCACAAUCUGGGAUAUGAAUGACAUUGACUCUUGAAGAAUAUAGGCCUAUGCCUACUCGUUGUAUAACUGUUAUGCCCAGAAUAACCAAUACUCCAUGGUGUUAUGGUUAUUUGAGUCUUGGUAAACAGAUUCCAGAAUGUGUUUUUCAUUUAACAAAAUAUAGUAAAUGAUGCAUUUAAAUACUGUUAUCAUACAGUAUGGUAAUUGUGGUCUGAAUGUUUAAAAAAACAUUAAUAAUUAUUAUUAUUUUUUUUUUUACAUGAUUUCUCUUAGAUUUAUCUGCCGACCUUUUUACAAGGAAAAUUAUAAAGACAUGGAGUUGGAUGAUUGGUCACCUCCAGAUGCUGAUCUUACACAGAAGAUGGUGACCCAAAUUGAACACUAUCUUUCUGAUGAAAAUCUAGCAAAAGAUGCAUUCCUUUUAAAACAUGUGAAAAGAAACAAGAUGGGUUAUGUGAACAUAAAGCUGCUGACAUCUUUUAAAAAGAUGAAGCCUCUGACCAAAGACUGGCGAGUCACAGCCUACGCCCUAAAUUACUCCUCCAAACUAGAAGUCAACAAGGAGGGCAACAAGGUCCGUCGCAAAGACCCAGUACCAGAGUCCCUCUUGGUUCAGGUGCCCAGCAGACUUCUGUUAAUGUGGAACAUCUCUGCUGAGCUGACCUCUAGUGGCAAUGGUGGUGAUGAAGACAUCCCUGCACCCCAGAGGAGCACUAUGGAAACUGCCAUCACUCUCCUGGAGCCCUUUGGAAGCAUCUGCACAGUGAGGGUGUUCCGGCCGCGGAAGGAGCUCCCACCAGAAGUCCAGAGGUUCGCCUACAGGUACCCUGAGUUGUGCUCCCAGGAAAGUGUUCUGGUAGAGUAUGAGGACUUGGAAGGCGCCGGCAGAGCCUACCACCAGCUGUCCCAGUCCGAGGACUUUGUGAGAGUCGUCCAGAUCGGGAUGACAUCGAAAAAGAAAGCAGGGCAUAAGUUGGGAGGCUGCGUUGAAGACAGAGGUGCCGGUAAAGGUGUAUCAAUCGGCAACCGCUGCUUGGAGCAGCUCCAGUUCCGAGGGGAAGACUCUUCGGCGUGGAGUUCGUCCGGCGAAUCCGAGAUGGCCUCUCCGAUGCACAUGCCUCGGUUCUCCUCGGGCCAGGUAUGCAGGAGCCCCUGGGACAGCCCUCGCUCUAGCCCCUACCACAGCCCCAGGGUCCUCCGGGCACCUCUGCCCACCCCUCCGCGGGUCUCCCCGCUCCUGGCCUCCGAGAUGUGGAGGAGCCCCGACACCAGCCCGGAUCUCAGUCGACGCAACUACGAGAACCCGGCCGAUAGCAGCAGCCUCUGGUUCCAGAGGCGUAAACUGGCUGCGGUGCAAACCUCCUCCCUGGAUGACAGCAGCAGCAGUAAGCAGGGUCGUCUGGGCAUUAAGAGGGUCCUAAUGGGGGAUUCCCUGCCCCCCGGGGUCAUCCGGUUCCCCUACGGGCCAGAUGGGACAAGAGGAUUUCCCAGCUCCUUUGUAGGAAGAACACUUCAGUACACCCUCAAGACAUGACCUCAGACCAAUGCUGUUCAUGUUGUUUGUUAUAUGUUUUAGGAAGUAAUCUAUAGAUUGAUCAUUUUAUAGUCUCGUAUAGACCUGUGUGCAGGGAAAAACUGUAACAAGCAUCUUGAAGGUGAAUUCUAGAAAUAACAUUUAGGGACGGUAUCCCGAAAAUGCGUAGUUCUGGACUAAGAUGCACUUACAGUGGAGUAUCUCCAUUGAACAUGCUAUAAGGACUAGGACUUCUGUUAUGCUGUUAAAUCCUGUGGCUAACAUCUCAACAUCUACCCACACAGUGACUAUAUCUUAACUUCCUAUCUAUCCUCAUUCUAUGACUCAGCUGCAGUUAUUUAUAUUCUUAAAAGGCCCAGUGCAGUCAAAAACGUGAUGUUCUUGUGUUUUAUAUAUAA